AUGUUGAAUUUCAAUUGGAAUUCAGUUGAUGAAUCUACAUUUCAAGGCCAUUUAAACAAAUAUACAAAUGCAUUUAAAAGAUAUCAAACUCGUUAUUUUAUAUUGGAUGCACAAACAAAGAGUUUAUUAUAUUUUAUGCCAGAUGAAAUUCGAAAGAAAGGCCCAAGAGGCGUAAUUGAACUAACCGAUUGUUGGAUUUUACCAUCGAACGAAGAUGAUGUUACUUUUACUGUGCAAACUACUGGAAAUGGCGAGGCAUUCAAAUUACGAGCAAUCGAUGCUAAAGAACGACAAAGAUGGAUUGAUAAAUUACGAACUUGUUCAGGAUCAAACGCAGCAAAUAUUCAUGUUUCAUCGUUACCACCACCAAAAGCACAUCAAAUAAAUACAUCUCCAUCUACUAGUGUACCUAAUGACAGUAAUAUUCGUCCAUUGAAUCAACGGAAUCCAAUGCUAUAUCAACACCAACAAACACUCAAGGAACUUAAAGAAGUCAUGCGUUGUGUUGAAGUUAGUCAACGGGAAUUUGUUGAAACAAUUAAUACAAUGCCUGGUGGCACUUCUUUGGAUCCAUUGUCUAAAAAUAUGUUACUUCUACGCUCAGUAUCUCAAUCAUGUAUUAGUUCAUUACACGACAGUUUAGCAAUACUCACUAGAAGAAGGACACCUGAUAAUGAUCUACUGCUAACAUCUAUUCCGUCAACUCCAUCAGUGCAAUCAUCAACCACAAUAAUGAAUACUUCUAAUAGACAAUUGAGUCAAUCGUUUAAUAGUAGCACUAGUGGAAAAUCAACCACGCCAAUAUCUGUACCAUCACAACCAAAUCCAUUUGCUACACAAUACAAAACUUCUAAUCUUGGUGGUUGCAACCAAUCAAAUGAAAGUAAUAUUAUUAACAAAGACAUUAAGAAGUAA